AUGGCGGCGCGGGGCCGGCGCGCCUGGCCGGGCGUGCUGCUGGGGCUCGUGCUGGGCUUCGUGCUGGCCUCGCGCCUCGUGCUGCCCCGCGCGGGGCCCCGGGGCUGCGCGGCGCCGGCUCGGACCCGGGCCCAGGCGCGGGGCCCCCCUCCCGCGCCGGCCCCCGACGGCGGCUUCCUCUUCGUGGGCGUCAUGACGGCCCAGAAGUACCUGCGCACCCGCGCCGUGGCCGCCCACAGGACCUGGUCCAAGACCAUCCCGGGGCGCGUGGAAUUCUUCUCCAGUGAGGGCUCUGACAUGUCGCUGCCGGUCCCCGUGGUGGCACUGCGGGGCGUGGACGACGCGUACCCGCCGCAGAAGAAAUCCUUCCUGAUGCUUCGGUACAUGUACGACCACUACCUGGACCACUUCGAGUGGUUCAUGCGGGCCGACGACGACAUCUACAUCAAGGGCGAGCGGCUGGAGGCCUUCCUGCGGAGCCUCAACAGCAGCGAGCCGCUCUUCCUGGGCCAGACGGGCCUGGGCACCACUGAGGAGAUGGGCAAGCUGGCCCUGGAGCCCGGCGAGAACUUCUGCAUGGGCGGCCCCGGCGUGAUCCUGAGCCGGGAGGUGCUGCGGAGAGUGGCGCCCCACAUCGCCCGCUGCCUGCGUGAGAUGCACACGACCCACGAGGACGUGGAGGUGGGCCGCUGCGUGCGCAGGUUCGCCGGCGUGCAGUGCGUCUGGUCCUACGAGAUGCAGCAGUUGUUCUAUGAGAACUACGAGCAGAACAAAAAAGGCUACAUCCGGGACCUGCACAGCAGCAAGAUCCACCGGGCCAUCACGCUGCACCCCAACAAGAGCCCCCCGCACCAGUACCUCCUGCACAGCUACCUGCUCAGCCGCCGCAUCGCCGAGCUGCGCCACCGCACGCUGCAGCUGCACCGCGAGCUGGUGCUCAUGGGCCGCUACGGGGGCACCGCGGUGGCCCGUGAGGACCUGCAGCUGGGCCUGCCGCCCUCCUUCAUGCGCUUCCAGCCGCGCCGGCACGAUGAGGUGCUGGACUGGGACUUCCUGACGGCCAAGCACCUGUACUCGGCCGCCGACGGGCAGCCUCCGCGCCGGGGCCUGGACGCGGCACAGCGGGCAGCGCUGGACGACGUGGUGCAGCAGGUCAUGGAGCUCAUCAACGCUAACGCCAAGGCCCGCGGCCGUGUCAUCGACUUCAAGGAGAUCCAGUAUGGCUACCGGCGCGUGGACCCGCUGCACGGCGCCGAGUAUGUGCUUGACCUGCUGCUGCUCUACAAGAAGCACAAGGGCAAGAAGCUGGCGGUGCCCGUGCGGCGUCACGCCUACCUGCAGCAGAGCUUCAGCCGCCCCCACCUGCUGGAGCAUGACCCACUGGACGCCCGGGAGCUGGCAGCCGCCAUCGACCGAGACGCGGACGCCGCCGGCUCACUGGCCUUCCUGUCCGACUCCCUCAAGCGCCUGGUGCCCUUCCCACUGCCCGGUGCCCAGCCAAGCGCCCCACGGUCCCCGCCCCACAGUGGCAGCGGCAGCGAUGCCACCGUUCACAUCCUGGUGCCGCUGGCCGGUCGCCUCGACAUGUUCACCCGCUUCCUGGCCCACGUGGAGCGCACCUGCCUGGCGCCGGGUCUCAACGUGCAGCUGGUGGUGCUGUUGUCGGGCGCCGACGCCAAUCCCGAUAGAGCGCGCCAGCUGGAGCUGCUGCGGGAGUCACGCCGCCGCCACCCGCAUGCCCGCCUGCUGGUACUGCCCGUGGCCGGCCCCUUCUCGAGGGCCCGGGCGCUGGAGGCGGGCGCGGCACACCUGGCCAACGACUCGCUCCUCUUCUUCUGCGAUGUGGACCUGGCCUUCACAGCUGGCUUCCUGCAGCGCUGCCGCGCCAACGCCGUGGCCGGCCAGCAGGCCUACUUCCCUGUCAUCUUCAGCCAGUACGACCCGCGGGUGGUGUACGGGGACCAUGGUGGCCGGGCCCCGGGCGACAGUCCCUUUGCCUUCACGCGCAACACAGGCUUCUGGCGCCACCAUGGCUUCGGCAUCGCCUGCAUCUACCGGGGCGACCUGGCACGUGCGGGCGGCUUCGACGUGUCUAUUCAGGGCUGGGGGCUGGAGGACGUGGACCUGUUCUCCAAGGUGGUGCGUGCCGGCCUCCGGCCCUUCCGCAGCCCUGAGGUGGGGGUGGUCCACUUGCACCACCCAGUGACCUGUGACCCGCAGCUGGAGCCACGGCAGUACCGCAUGUGCCUGGGCUCCAAGGCGGCCACCUAUGGCUCCACGCAGCAGCUGGCUGAGCUCUGGCUGCAGCGCCAGGGGCCUGGCGCCAAUGGCUCACGGCGCUCGGCCUGACACCCCUAAUUUAUUUCCCAGCCAUCACCUGGGAAGCAGCUCUGUCUCCGCCUCUCCUCGAGGUCUUGUCACGGGAAUCCCUGGGACCUCGAACUGCUUGGGGUGAUUUUAUUUUCUCUUUUGUAAUUGGGAUAUUUUUUUGUGGGGGGGAUCAUUGUUUUUUUACUCCUCCAAAGCAUCGUCGUCUUGUUUGUUUUGAGCACUGACUUCUCACCGAGGACCAACUCCCGUUUCUU